GAAUAUUUCCCGAAGCAAAAGUUGAUCCGGUUAUACAGAUUGCAAAUAUGGUUACAAUUCAAGGUGAAAACAAACCUUUUAUUAGAAAUGUCUUCACUUUGAAUUCGUGCGCACCAAUCAUUGCAACGGAUGUCAUAGAAUAUUAUGAUCAAGCAGAGAUGUUACAAGCGUGGAGUGACUUUGUUGUCGAGGACGCAUAUCUUCCGCAGAGACUUAUGGAUAAACUUAUGAGCUUCAUUAACUAUCUAGAAAUGGCACGUGUGACAGGAGUUCCUUUUAAUUAUCUUCUUUCGCGCGGUCAGCAAAUCAAGGUCGUUUCACAAUUGUACCGAAAAGCAUUCGAACAGGGACUGGUGAUUCCGGCGCUGAAAUCAGAAGGCAUGCAGAGAACUGAUGAUCAAUUCGAAGGGGCAACAGUAAUUGAUCCCGAAAAAGGAUUUUAUAAUGUUCCAAUAGUAACCCUUGACUUCAGCUCCCUGUACCCAUCAAUCAUGAUUGCUCAUAAUCUUUGUUACACGACCUUGCUUGACAACAGAGAGAUUGAAAAUCUGAAAUUGAAGAGUGAAGAGGACUACAUAACUACACCCUCGAUUCGUGAGAGCUCAUCUCCGGAAAGGAUUACUUCCGACAAUUCUGGAAGAUUUGCUUGCUGCACGCAAGAGAGCGAAAGCUGA